CAUUUAUUUAUUAUUAUUGUUAUUAUUAUUAUUGUUAUUAUUAUUCUCUUUCUCUUUCUGGUGGUGAAACUGAAACAGAGCCCCCAUUUUUUGAUCGCUGCUCGGGCUUGCUGCAGCUGCUCCCCAAUCCCCAAUCCCCAAUCCCCAAUCCCCAAUCCCCUGUCCCUACCCCCCCUUGAAUGGUGGUGCUGAUCACGUGGGAUUUCGCUAAACAAGUUUCUGACGGGUCUCUCUUUACUUCUUCUCCUUGCUCUUCUUCUUCCAUUUUUGGGCGAGAAGAGAUCUCUGUGUUCAGAUGGAGAGAUCUGCAGCUGAUCUUGAGUGAGAGCUAAAAUGAUGUUUUUGAAGAGAACCCUAGGGCGCAUUAUCACCUUUUUGCCCGAGCUGUUUGGAGUGCUUUUGGUCCUUGCAACAGUACAAUGGCCAAAAGCAGUAUCUAGCUUAUAUUGCAAGGAGAUGGAUUCCGGCGUGGUUCGACCACAUAGUGUCACAAUUACCGAGUUUGGUGCAGUAGGAGAUGGUGUCACCCUCAACACUAAAGCAUUUCAAAAUGCGAUAUUCUAUCUCAAUUCUUUUGCGGAUAAGGGUGGGGCUGAGUUGUUUGUGCCAAAGGGAAGAUGGCUGACAGGGAGUUUUAGUCUUAUCAGCCAUCUCACUUUGUCCCUGGAGAAGGAUGCAAUAAUUAUUGGAUCCACGGAUUCCUCCGAUUGGCCAGUCAUCGAUCCGCUUCCUUCAUAUGGGCGAGGCAGAGAGCUGCCAGGCGGAAGACAUCAAAGCUUAAUAUUUGGAUACAAUCUCACAGAUGUGAUAAUUACUGGUGGUAAUGGUACAAUUGACGGUCAAGGAGGCAUUUGGUGGGACUGGUUUCAUAACCAGGCACUAAAUUAUACUCGGCCCCACCUCAUUGAGCUCAUGUAUUCAACUGGGGUGGUUAUCUCAGAUGUAACAUUCGUAAAUUCGCCAUUUUGGGCCAUCCAUCCUGUAUAUUGCAGCCAAGUGCUUGUCCGGAAUGUCACAAUCCUUGCGCCGCUCAAUUCACCAAACACGGAUGGCAUUGAUCCAGACUCAUCGAGCAAUGUGUGCAUCGAGGAUUGUUACAUCAGCACGGGCGAUGACCUGAUUGUGAUAAAGAGUGGGUGGGACGAGUAUGGUAUCUCCUUUGCCCGCCCUAGCACGAACAUCAGUGUCCGCCACAUAAGUGGCCAGACUGGCACAGGGGCUGGCAUCGCCUUUGGUAGUGAGAUGUCUGGCGGCAUCUCCGAAAUCAGCGUAGAAGACUUUCACCUCAUGAACUCCCUCCACGGAAUAAGAAUAAAGACUUCUCCAGGCCGCGGCGGGUACAUAAGAAACAUCUACAUUAAAAAUAUCAAUAUGAGUAACGUGACGAUCGCCAUUAGGAUCACCGGUCGGUAUGGCGAGCACCCCGAUGAUAAGUAUGAUAAAAAUGCACUCCCUAUUAUAGAGAGAAUAACUAUACAGGAUAUCGUGGGUGUAAAUAUCGGAACUGGGGGGAUGUUAGAAGGAAUUCAGGGGGAUAAUUUUAGUAGUAUUUGCUUGUCAAAUGUGUCGCUUAGCGUGGCAUCCAAUCCGCCAUGGAGGUGUUCAUAUAUACAAGGGUAUUCUAACUUGGUCUCUCCGGAAUUGUGCGAGCCACUUAGACAAGUCCCUGACCAGUCUGCGGUUUGUUAUGGGAACGAGGGUUUACUGUUGCAAGAGUCUGGUGCAAGUCGGUUGGUGAGUCCCUUUUUGAAGAUGGCUUUACUGUAAUGUGAAUGAGGAGAGCAGUGCGCAUGUGUAUGAUGAAUAUAUAUAUAUAUAUAUAUCUAUACACCUUAUAUUCAAGGGAGGCUUGUUUAUCUUUUAUAACAUUAUCUGAUUUUUGCCAUUUGUUUA